AUGUCGGCCGGGCCGAGCGACGCCGGUACGGCGGGCCGGCUCUCGGACGAGGCGGAGGAAAGUUCGUGUUCAGAUACCUGCCUGGCGGUUCUGAUGCCGUUCCAAGUCGUCAUCUUCACCAUGAACAUGGCGGCGGGCGCCGUGGAGCACGGCACCCACUACGCCCUGCACGCCGCCUACUCGCACCGGCUCAAGCGCUCCGCCUUCAAUAUGUUCUCCGGCAACUUUGGUGGCUCCAAAAACAAGGAGCUGUUCUGUGUGCAGGCGCUGGACGGUACGCUCUCGUUCUUCGAGCAGGAGAAUUUCGCCUUCAGCCGCUUUCUGCCCGGCUACCUGAUCCCGGGGCCCGUGCUGUACGUGAAGAAGACGGAUGCGGUGGUGACCGGCACCUCCAGCUGGACCGUGGAGGCCUACAAAUACUCGUCACUGGCUCAAGGAUCCGACGCCACAAUGAGAAGGCCUAAUGGCGACAGCCGGGUCACCAUGUCGUCGGGGGACGUGCAGGUGGCGGUGCUGGCCGAGCACAGCCUGAUGGUGCUCAAGGAGACGGGCCAGCUGGUGAUGUUCAAGCGGCUCGACUACCACCCUGCCUGCCUCACCACCUUCGUCAGCGGUAUGUACCGGCCGCCUCGGCUGGUGGCCGCCUACCUCGGCACCACGCCCUCGCUGUUCGUGGCGCCGCCGGUGCAGACGGCCGGCGCGCUCGACUACGAGGCGCUCGACGAGGAGCUGGCCACCCUCAACACGACCAUCCAGAAGUCGCAGGCGCAGGGCGACUCGAGCCUGGCGCUCACCUCGAAGGCGGCCGCCGACCGAGAGGUGCAGCUGGUGGUGCAGAUCCACCCGGUGCUCGACCCGUGCACGCUGCCCACCGAGCUGGACGAGCAGGUGCCGUGUGCCAGUAUCCGAGCGCUGGUCUCUCCCAUGGCUCCGGUGCAGCCCCUGGUGCUCAGCUUCCACGUGCCGUGUGCCAGCAUCCGAGCGCUGGUCUCUCCCAUGGCUCCGGUGCAGUCCCUGGUGCUCAGCUUCCACGUGACCAGCCCGCUGACCGUGGUCAAGCCGUCCGCCGCCAUCGAGUACCUCAGUGAGUGUGACGCUGCCUCCGGCCGGCGGUGCGGCUGA